GAAGACAGUCUGACAGGGCAGAUCCUGUGAAAGACGGAGGCAGAUCACUUUCCUACCUGAGAACAACUUCCAUCGAACAAGCCUCAGUCGGAUUACACAACCUGGAUUUCUCUUUCAAUUUGUGAUUCAUCAUGAAGCUCAUCCUGUUCACUGUCACUGUGCUGCUCCUGGUGGUGGCAGAAGUUACUGCAGACAGAAUCCUGUCCAGGAGGACCAAGAGGGAGCUUGCGAGUCCCCUCCAUGUUGGUGGCGUCAGGGAUCCAUUCGGCUCCUACUGCGAGAGGAGAGGAGGCUGCUGCCCGGGCAGAGACGACCAGUGCACGGUGCCAUACCUGGACACCAUCUGCUACUGUGACCUGUUCUGCAACCGCACUGUCUCUGACUGCUGCCCGGAUUUCUGGGGUCACUGUUUAGGCGUGGCGCCACCUUUUAUUGGCAGCUGCGAAAGAAAUGGAAACAGGUUCUUUACAGGGCAAACAUACAAAGAAAACUGCAAUUUAUGUACCUGUGGGACUACAGGGCGAUGGGAGUGUGAGCAGAACGCCUGUCUGAUGGAUCCGGACAUGAUUCACGCAGUCAACAGAGGAAACUAUGGGUGGAAGGCGGCUAACUACAGUCAGUUGUCCGGCAUGACUCUGGACGAGGGGAUCCGGUACCGCCUGGGGACGCUGAGACCCUCCAAGACAAUCAUGAACAUGAAUGAGAUGCAGAUGAACAUGGAUCCACAGAGUGACCAGCUGCCGUCCUACUUCAACUCGGCAGAGAAGUGGCCAGGGAAGAUCCACGAGCCGCUGGACCAGGGCAACUGUGCUGCUUCGUGGGCUUUCUCCACUGCAGCCGUGGCCUCGGACAGAAUCUCCAUCCAGUCAAUGGGUCACAUGACUCCUCAGCUGUCUCCCCAAAAUCUUAUUUCCUGUGACACACGCAACCAGGGAGGCUGUGCUGGGGGGCGCAUCGAUGGAGCCUGGUGGUACCUCAGGCGCAGAGGAGUGGUGACAGAAGACUGUUACCCGUACGUACCUCCUCAGCAAACACCAGUGGAGGUGGGGCGCUGUAUGAUGCAAAGCCGCUUAGUCGGGCGGGGGAAGAGACAGGCCACGCAGCGUUGUCCCAACACAGUCAACUACCACAACGAAAUCUACCAGUCCACACCGCCCUACAGGCUCUCAACCAAUCAAAUGGAGAUUAUGAAGGAGAUCAUGGAUAAUGGCCCCGUGCAAGCGAUUAUGGAGGUCCAUGAGGACUUCUUUGUCUAUAAGAGUGGGAUCUACAAGCACACUGAUGUCAGCUUCACUAAACCUCCACAGUACCGCAAACAUGGGACACACUCAGUCAGGAUCACUGGGUGGGGAGAGGAUAAAAACUUUGAUGGGACUUCGAGAAAGUAUUGGAUUGCUGCCAACUCGUGGGGGAAGAACUGGGGAGAGAACGGCUACUUCCGCAUCGCUCGCGGCGAGAAUGAGUGCGAGAUUGAAGCAUUUGUAAUUGGAGUGUGGGGCAGGAUCGCGAUGGAGGACAUGCACAAACAUCAUCACCACCAUCGCCGCCGACACAUUUAGAAACACAACAGAUGUUGUUUUUAUCCCACGUAUUGUAGGGUGUUGCCCCAGAGGAGAAUCACAGCAAGAGUCUGAAAGCAUCAUAAUUUUCCUUGUCCACUGAAAUGGCUCGGACAGCCACAAAACCAACAACAGAGCCCCCGAUUGUUCUCCUUUUUCACCUUGCUUAAAUCUGGGGAUUACUCCCCCUCUCCUCCAUUUUUACCAUUUUAAGAGCGCGCCCUCUCCAAAUUUCUCCAGGAACUUAAGGUUUAUGUCACCAAAAAACAAAGGAAAAACCAAGCGAAAGUUUCCUUGCAGUGAAAACACCUCAGGUACCAACUGUUCCAAAGAACCACACAUCCCACAAUCCUCAGUAAUAUCAGGUGAAGGCCCAAGAUGAGGCUCAGUCUGAUCCAUAGGCUUUCAAGUGUCAAUGUGAACCUUUUACUUUUCUGUAGCUUUCUGUAGGACAGAGAACAGGAAAUCUGAGAGUCAGAUUAUCAGACAUCAGACCCCCUCAGUGUGUCACACACCCAGCUCAACCUCGUAACACAAUAACAUCUCAUAGAUGCUCUUGGUGACGUCCACCUGUCAGCCAUACAUGGUCACCGCUUGGUUUAGAGUUAGUAGCUGCAGGGAAAACAGUUGCUCACACAUUCUAGUAAAAACGAGACCAAUCCAACACUGGAAACGUGAGCUGAUGCGCGAGUGUCACAUCACCAACAUUUCUGGAGAACUGACAGUGACUGACAAUUAGAAGUCGUCAAAUGCCAAGAAUUGUGACAUAAUAAUGUAACAGGUUAAACCGUGACCUUCUAAUGAAAAAAUACAAGUGUCAGUGGAUAUGUUUCUCAGACAGCAGGUGAAUUCAUUUAUUUUCUGCCAAGAUACGGUAGAUAAAAAUAAGAGAGACAUGAAUGCUGCCAUUCCUGACCCUGACCAUCUUAUUUAAGAGAUUAAAGAAGAAAAAACAGUUUCCAGCAUUUCAGAGGGUAAGAAGAAACAAGAGACAGGAAAUAGAGUUGUUUAGACCACUAAGAAAAAAAAUACAUUCUUGUAUAGUUGUCUUAAAUUGCUUUCAUUUGUUUUGUAUACACUGUUACAAUUUUGAGCUAAAGAUGUUUUUGCAGUUAUAUUUUAAAGUUUUAUUUUAAUACAAAUGUACUGUAUUUAGUGACUGUCAUAACACAUGCAUCACGUGGCUGAUUUUCUGCUCGUACACAGCUGUAAAUCUUUUUUUUGGGAGGGGGAGGUCCAUACAUAAGUCUUAAGUUUGAUGCAUUUCAUAUGAAGCCACUUCUCGCAAAACACCAACUCACACCGAUUACAUAUAAGCUGUUCUGCAUGUUUCUUUAUAUUCCGCUGGGAAUUGAACAUGUUCCAACUUCUCAGCCCUGGGCUUGUUGUUGCUACAGUGUCAUAGCUCUUUGUGAUGUCAGGGUUGAGGGAUUUUCGGAUCCUUUUCAAACGCAGCCUCACUUAAAAAGAAAAACACAUAGAGUAUUAUUACACCUCACCUUAAAUUACAUCCGUGUGUCAUUCAAGUGCAACUUGAAAAGGAUUCUAUAUUUCUUUAUUACUAUCAGGUCUUGUGAUCUCUUUUCAAGGCAUGGAUCAGUAGAUUGGACUGGAUGGACGCACAAUGUGCAGCGUGCUGGAGGGAGAUCGGACAUUGUUUCAUUACAUGUUCUCAUGUAAUGGACUGAAUGUAUGGUUUAAGUUUUCAUUUUGAAAUAAGCAGUGGUAGUAAAGAAACAUGAAGGGCACCUCCAACCUAGGAUUCACAGCAGCGUUGACAAUACCCAGAGAACAAUGUGAGAUUAUUUAUGUUUUUAUUUGCUAGCUGCAUUUAGCAUCAUUGACAUUAAUUUAUACAGGAGUGGCAUCAUCGCGAGAUGACUGAGUUCUGUAUUUAGUUCUCUUAGUGGACCGUGUUCCCUACAUGCACCUUAGGACCAAGAUGAUCCUUCAGCCAUUUUAAGUCUGUAGGCUGAGAUCAUUCUAGCAGUGAGAUGGUUUUGAGAAAGAGAAGCAUCGUGUGAAAGCAGACAAAUGAGUUUGUUCAUGCAGAGGACGAUACAGUGGACUCUGACCAAAGCUGGAAACAUUUCAUUUUGAUUGUGCAGAGAUAUGUUGCUGUUUUUUUGUGUGUUUUCACAAUGUAUUUUGCUUACAUUACGGAUUAGCUUUUCAACAUAAGGUUUAAAUAGGACUAGUAACACAGUUGUUGCUCAAUACUUUAUUUGCAAACUCCUAUCCAUAGAAAAUGAGCCAAACACUUCUCUCCAACUACACCUCUAAUCACACAUCCACUCAUAAGUUGUGUAUUUUAUGUAAAAUGUAUGUAAACCACUUAGUCGACAUGUAGACUUUAUUUAUGAUCCGAUCAGAUGUGUAAAUUACAUACCUUUUAUUCUUUGUUUUUUUUUGUUUUUUUUUUUUCUCUCCCUGUUUACCCGUGCAAUUGUUUUCCUGUCUUGUGUAUUGUGUGCACUAAAUGCAUUACCACAUUAGUGUUCACCUGUGCGGCAUAAUAAAGUCUUUCCAAAAUGGC